GCAACAGAAUAUUAAAAAUUGAUCGUAAAUAUUUUCUUGCAACACCCCCUAAGUGUGUUUUAUUGAAAAUCUGCAUAUAAAUUUCUCAAUUUGCUUUUUAGUUGCUAAAACUAGAAAUAGGCAUAUAAUACACUCUAACAUUGUGAAAAUUAUUACCUAACGAAAGUAAACAAAACUAAAUUGAUUGCCAUUUAUCAAUUGUCAUUCUUGACUAUAGGAAAACGGUGGACGAGCUGAAGGGAACUCUGUAGAAAAUAGAGGUGGGCGUGAACCCUUCGGCCUUGAGUGCCAUGCUCGGGGACAAGCUGUGGUUUAGAAAAUAAUUGCGUGAUCAAAACACUCGAGAUCGAGAUCUUAGCUUCCGCAUAUCGCAGCGCUAGCGCUAUAGCUAGCGUCGUAUGCUAUUUAUAUUAAACAACUGUGCGACACAGGCAGCAGACGGUAGGAUAUUCAUUUUAUGAAUAGAGUUUUGCCUGUCUUUGACUGACAAGAUGGCAGAGUCACUUCGUAGACUGGUCAAAGCUGAGACAUACUCCUUGCUGCAAGAUAAACUGGAAAGAUGGAACAACGAUUACUUGGUAAACACUUGUGAUCAGAAUGUGGGUAAAUGUUCAGAACUGAUUGAAAUGACAUCCCGACUACAGGGGGAGCUCUUCACAAUCCUCAACCUGUGCUGUGCAGAAGGAGGCAUGUAUGGAGGAUGCAGUUCUCUGAAGAAUCGUUUCCUGCCUUGGUUAGCCAGAGGGUUUGCAGCAUCUAACAAUGGCGUUACCGUGGAUACCAGUCUAUCCAUUAUGGCCGACGCUGCAGAGAAAGAGAGACAGAUGGUUGAGAUGCAGCAGAGCUAUGAGAGACAGUUAGAUGAGGUGGAGCAGGAUCUUAAUACAUCCCGGGGUGUGGCAUCUGAUCUACAAUCUGAGCUAGAGAAUACUAGGUCAAGACUGGAUACAGAGCGCCGGAUGUCAGAAGGAGAGGCUCUGGUCAGCGAUGAGUUUACCAUUGGACUUAAAAACAGGAUUGCAGCCCUUGAAGAUGAACUGCGUCUGUAUCGUGUCCGGGUAGGCACUGUUGAUGAUCAUGAAAUUGAAGUCAGACGUCUUAAGGAUGACAUCAAUCUUCUCAAAGAAGAAAAGUUCAUCCUGACUGGCAGGAGCGAGUAUUUGGCCCCCACACCUAGUCUCUCCACCAGCCUGAAGUCUCCACGCACCUCAGCAAGUAGCGACGUAGUCCAACGUGUUCGUCAAGCUAACCUUGUGACCCGAUUCAAUGAUCUGUUUGCUCAGAGUCGCAUGGAUGCUAUGGAUAUCUUACGCAAUCACUGUGAUGAUCAUGAGCUUAAUCAGAAGAUCAUUUUUACCUGUGUCCAGGAAUGUUUCCAUGCUGCUAAGAUGGCUUUCCAUCGUUACCGUAGCAAGGUACAGACCCUAUUGGCUGACACACACACUGGACUGGAACCACUCUCAGAGGCAGUUCAGAAUUACAUUAAUAAGAAUGGAACCCUACUGGAUGUACAUACCAUAGUCGAGGAUGUAUUGUUGGCAAUGAACCGUCAUCCAUCUAUCUCGUUCCCUGCUGAGGUGGAUUUCCGUGUUUUGACUCUCUUCAUACGGGAGAUGGUCAAGGUUGCAUGGUCAAUGAGUGCUCUACCUUCUUCUCUGGACAUUACUGGGGCUAGGGAUGGAGAACUAUUUGAUGACCUCAAGUAUCGUCGAAGCUAUGACUCGGAAUACUCUGCUCCACUGGUCAGUCAUUAUAUCUGGCCAUCCUUGGUGGAUGUAGCUGGACGGGUCAUUCUCAAGGGUGAAGCGGUCACUCGCAGAGGUGGAUCAUUGGCAUCUCCAAGACGUAGCCGAAGUCCAUCAAGGGCUAGUAGCCCAUCCAGGGCCAGAUCUCCUAGUCCAAGACGUAACCUGAACAGUUCCUUCAGUACAACAUCAGGUUCUCGUCCGACCAGUAGCCUGUCAAUGAGGAGCACCUCUCCAAGACCUAGCAGUUCACUCUCUCUCUCACUCUCUAAUAUUUGAUGAUACACACUGUAUUCCUCAGCUAUUUAUGCUCACUCUCUAAUAUUUUGAGAUACCCUGUACCUUGAUUGGUAUGUCCCAGCAGCUUUCUGUCACUCUUCAAUCAUUUUUGAGAGGCCCCAUUCUUAAAACAUCUUUUAAGCAGCCACCUAAUUGUAACCAGUCACCUCAAAACCACCAAAGUGUUUUUUUUUUUGGGGGGGGGGUGUUAGGUAGCAAGUUUUGUAAGAGCAGAUUGUCACAGAAGGAGAGUUAGCUCGUUGGAUAGUUUUUUCUUACUGGUAUGAAGAAUAUAAUACCCAGUCCCAAAUAAUACCUUUUUUUUAGGUCAUAGGGUGUAGAGUUUGCAUUCUAUUCAAGCACUCUUUUUAUAAGUAUUGUGCAAGGUAACAAAGCCAGGUGGAUUAGAACUCAAUGUAACUUCUAUUAAGGGCUUGUUUGAUUAUCUUGGCACCCCAGUUAGCCAUAGCCUGUUCAUUAUGAUUUAUUGAUUUUAAAGUCUAGAACUUAUUGCAGGUUUAUUUUCUAAGAGGAUUAAGUGAAUAAUAUUUUUUUAUGGGUGUAAGCAAAAAUAACAUUGGAUUAAGAAGAAAUACAGAACUGAUUAACUCCGUCCACAUUCAUACCUUCAAAAUAUAUUUUACAAAAUAUAUACUGGUAGUCUGAUCUCCAUGAUAUAGAAGAAAAAAAAGACAAUCUUCACCUUGUCAACUAAGAAUACCUCUAAUGAGCUGCAACUGAUAUCACAGUGUGACUUAUUGGUGGUUUUGUGACGCCAGGUCACAUUUUAUGAUACACCUUGUAAUUAAAUGAUCACAUGCUUAUCUCUCUUGCUUUCUAUGUUAUUAUGACAUGACCUGUACCUUGAUGAACAAACAAUCCCAGUAUUCAAUCAUUCCAUCCGUUGUAGUGAAUAGUUAUUUUAUUGGAUGUCUGAUGUCACUUCAAUCUAUCUUCAUAAGCUCAUUAGAUUUUAAGUGCAGUUAUGAACCACACAGUUGUGUCUUAUCAAUCCGAGAUCUGCAGUGCAUUUUGAAUUGCAAUUGAGUGGAAAUGUGCAGUGGAUUGCAUUAUUGACAGUAUUCAUUUGCAAUGAACAAUAUUUGGUUGAUAAUCUGUAGUGAAAUUUAUUAUUAACUAGGCCGUACUGCAGAGAUAAGAAUACAAAAUUGAUAAAUCCAGAUGACUAAUUGCUGUUAUAAUUCGUAGAUUGAAUCGCUGAUUGAUAAAUUGCAGUUAGAAUUGUUUUUAAGUGGUGUAUAGUAUUAAGAAUUGUAUUUGGCAAAAUUGGCAGACUGACUGAGGUAGAAUUAUUGAUUCAUGAUUGAAAUGGAAAGUGUGAGGUGUAGUUACAGAUUUGAAGAUUUGUGAACAUAUCCAGUAUAAUUCUUGUUAACAGAGUUUUGACUUUCUGGAUUAGGAAUCGGAGAUAUAGCUCUCUAUUUAUACUGAUACAUGGUUACUCUAUUCAAUAAAUUGCAGUUAAAACAUAUAUCUGCCAAUAUUUUUAUGCUAGCAGGUGGCUGAUUUCAAAACAUUUCCUAAAGAAGUAAAAUAAGUUGCUUUUUAUUGAAAAAAGGAAGAUGAUAUUUGAUGAUGUCUCCUUUUACUCACUGUUUGUUGAGAAUUGCUGUUAAAAUGUUUGGUAAUUUUUUCCAAUCCUAUUGUAAGAAUAUGGACCAAAUCUGUAUUUGAUAUUGGCCUAAGUGGAUCCCAAUAUCCCUCCCACCUUUAUAAGUUUAACUAAGAUUGCUAAUUUGGAAGUAUUAACAACCAGCAGUAUUCAGAAAUUCAGGGGAUGUUUUAAGUUGUAAUUUUGAUGAUUUGGUGCAGUUAUAUUACGACUAUCUUUUCAAGUAUGAAACUGAAAUUGAUUUUUAAGAACAUUCCAUGGAUGUUGAAUAUUGUGAAAUUUUGUCAUUUGAUACAAUUAUUUUACUGUAUUUAUGUAGAGUUAUAGAUGAUAACUAUAUGCACCGUUAUAGGGGAAGGGGUAGAUAUCCCCUAAAAUCUCAUGAAAGAAUUACAGUGUACAUGUAUUGUAUUUUUACAGCUUUAACUUUAUAUGUGAAUAUUCUGCCGAAUAUAUUAAUACUGAAAUUAAUUAUUUUUUUUAACCCUAUCCAAAACUUCAGUCACUUCAGAAUUUGAGGUUCAUAAAUCACUGUCUCUUAUGUGCCCUAUUACAUUUGUAUGACAUUUUUUACUGGCACAAUCCUUCAAAAUAUGAUUAAUCAAAUGAUAAGCAGUUUGAUUUAAGUUCCGGAAACAACAAUACUAGUGACAUUGGAAUGUAUCAAGAUCUUGUAUACACUGUGCAGAUAUUUGAAUGACAUGUGAAUAUGUAGAAGUACACGUUUUUAUUAUUACCGGUAGUUUGUGAAGAAGAAAACUGCAUAGACUGAAUAUUUAAAAAAUUGAAUAAUAAAUAAUAAUUUGAGCAAAUCUUUAUAGAGAUAGAUGACAAGAUAUGUAAAAUUGGAGCGAACCUGAACAAAAAAUAAAAAUGCUGCAAACCACACUUGCAAAUAUUAUAUACACAAUUAUUUAUGUUUAGAUAUUCAUAGAAUCUGUCAGAAAUAAGCUCUAAACAAAGAGUGUAUAUGUUGUGAGUUAUAAAGUUUGUUGUCUUAUGCCUAUUCAGAAGCGAAAGUACAGAGUAAUCUUUUAACAGUAAAUGAUGUUUUAUGAUUAUUUAAAUAAUUGGACAAUAGUUUUAUGUGUGCUUGAUGUGACAUUAGUAAGUGUUAUAGCUGGUCUGAUGUGCAGAUUGCAGUUAAGUAGAAAUUGGCUGGCUUUCAUGUGAUUUGUUUUAAAGUAUUUAUCAAGAAUCCUUGAUAGCAAUAAUCCUGUCAUCUUGAAUAUAUGGAGUGAUUAGAAAUUAUUCAUGUGUGCACAAUUUCUGUAUUUAAAUCUAAUUGUGAAUUCUAUUUCUGUAAAAAGUACUUGUGUAUAUCUACAAUUUUGUAAUUUAUGUUUGUACGUCUUUUACGUCUAGUUCAUUUAUGUCAGGUCUAGUUUGCCAAAUUCUUCUCUGAUUUACCUUGAAAAUUGUGAAUCGAUGUUGAUUAAUUUAUUUUGAUUAUUUUAGACCUAUUCUGCAAUUAGCCAAAUCAGGGUAGUUGAAGAAAAUAUCCAAUAACUGUAAUAUUGUUUAUAAUGUGUAGUAAGUGAAUAUGGUCAAUAUGCUGUGCUUCUUUGGUGUUGUCUUUUAAAACUUCACCAAAUUCUCUUAGAGAAAACAAAGUGCUAUUUUGUUGUGUGCAGUGUUUUUGUGUAAGCAUAUAAAUCUAUACCAAUACAUAUUUGAAAAUAUAAUCAGAAGAAUGUAUUCAUUAUAUGGUUAUUGUUGUCUGGUACAAUUACAUUGGCUAAAAAUUUCUACAUUUCAGAAUAAUAUUCAGGGAUGAUUCUUCUGCAUAUUUUAAAUGCUGUAAAUUCUGUUCAUAAUUUCUUAAUGAAUAUUUUCUAUUCAAAUGAUGAAAUAUGAUAAAACAAAAGCCCUUUUCAGAGAGUCAACUGUUUGACAUAAAUAGUGAUGCUCAAAAGUUAGUACAACCCACCAGAAAAUGAACUUAUUUAACAUGUUCAAGUUCAGCAAUGUUUUUGAUAUUUAAUUGUGAAGUCAGGUGAUAAAAUAUAUUCAAUGAAGUUCGUUUCUCUGGGGCUUGCUGAACAUUGUAGUGUUGUUGUCUACAUUCAACACUCAGCAUGGAGGAGAGCACUUUGUGGUGGGGUUCACUAGCUUUUCAGCACAACUUUAAAAACAAUAUAUAUAUACAAUAUCCCUGAAGGAUUGUUAAGUCAAAAUGUGAGAAAAAUUUGCAUGACAUACUACGAAGCACAUAGACUUUGUAUUCACACAUCAAUGAUACCUAAUUUUGAAGUAUUCAUCUUUGACAUAUUUGGGUUUAUUUUUCUUUAUUGAUUUAUUCAAUUUCAUGUCAUAUGGUGUUACCAUAAGUGACCUUGUUUCAAUGUAGAAAUAUCAAAGUGCUGGAUAUAUACUAAAUAUGUAUUAUAUUACAAUCUAUGCAGAAGAGUAUUAUUUUGCGUGUGCCUUCAAGAUGUAGAUAUAUAAUAAUCACUUUUUUUCUGUCUUUCUAAAUUGUUGAUGAAAUAAACCUGUCCACUGACGUAA